GAUUAUUUUGAAGCAGUCGUUUCGUCAGGCGUCUUUGGAAAGGGUGGGGCCGGUGGCGACAUUUCACCUUACACUGAGAUAGUUCGUGUUCUGCGACCAGGUGGCUUCUUCGUAAAUUUCAUAAGGGAAAGUAACUGGGAAUAUCGGCGCAAAGACGAACUCAACCAAAGAGAGGUCUACGACAAGCUGUGUGCAGACGGUGUUCUGAGCAUGCGCUCACGGGACAAAUGCGACUACUACAAGACGUCAACACCAUUACCUGGAAUGGUAUUAGUCGUGGAGAAAAUUUGAAAUUUCAGAUGUUAGAUAGGCCAUUAUAACAAUAACUUUGAUGAUUCAAUCAACACAAUGUCGUAUUAUACAGUUCAUCCCCCAAAAAUGGAAACCGAGCUUUCUUGGUAUUUCAUAAAAAAAGAUGAAUUCCUUCACAUUAUCAUAAUUUGUUUUCAUUGAUUUAAUUUAUUGAUUUCUGCAACUUUUUCAUUAAAAAAUAAACAAGAAUAUGUAACCGAAUUGUUUGAUUUGUAUAUAGAGAUAUUUGAAAAAGCGUUUCUAAUUACAAGCAAAACAUUGACCAAAGACCGAUCAAAAUUAUAACGUUUUUUAUAACAUCAAAUCAAUCGCUUUGGGUCGGUUUCUUGGUGUGACUAUGGCAUUAUCUGACAGUGAAGAAAACAUACAUAGCAACAACAGGGCCCCGUCUUACAAAGAGUUACGAUUGAUCCGAUCAAUCGCAACUAUGGAAAGCCAGCAACAUCAACAUCUAAAAGACAUGUUUGUUCAAAAUAAAUUUCUAGAAAUGACGCAUAUUCAUACAUUUUCUGUUUACUUGAAAAUGCAGUGUGUUUCUCUAUGUUUUCAAAGGACAUUGGGCAAAUUUCCUAAAGUAAAAAUAUGCCUGGAUUUCCAUACACUUGAGAUUGAUUGGAUCAAUCGUAAUUCUUUGUAAGACGGGCCCUGAUAUAUAAAGAAGCUCCUUCUUACAAAAUAGCAACCAAUCAGGAAUCGAUGUGCCUUCUAGAAAUCUUGAAGGUUUUCAGAAGAAAGAAGAUAAAUUAAUAAUGAGUUAUUUUGUAGAACAUCCUUUUUUUCCCGCCGCCAUAUUGUUUAACUCUUGACGGUGCCACCACGAUACUUGGAAUUGCAUUGUUUUUUUAUCCUUUUUGAUACCUUCCGAAGCUAGGAGUUAAUCGCAAAAUUGCAUAAUAUAAGAUGCUCGUGUUGUCUUUUAUGCUAAUUAUUUGAUGCUGAAGUUUUUCGGAGAGAAUAUUCGCAGUACAACGGAAAAUGGAGGAUCCAGAAGCCAGGAGGUUGGCGGGAGAGAGGGUGAUGAGUAUCGCAUCAAGUCUUGGAUCCAUGAGUCAGGUGGAAACCUCGGUGCGCGAGGCUAUACAAGACUCCAACAAGAUGCUAUGCUCAGCCACCCCCUUGACACCAAACGGCAAGAGACGUCAGAUGAUUAAGAUGUUGACCCUGACCCUGAUGCCUAUCAUUGUCCUGACAGCCUUGGCCAUCUCCGAUCUUAUCGCUACUUUGAAGAAGAGCGUGGACGCCAGUGAGAUCCGAAGGAACGUUCGCUUCAGUCGACAGGUUGGCACCCUCGUUCACAGUCUGCAAAUGGAGAGGGAUAUGACCGCUCUCUACAUCAGCUCUUUGAUGCAACAGAAGACAGCAGCGACCGGACCAGAACGAAAGAUCUUCCUUAUCAAUACCUACCCGCUAACUGACGAAGUCUUGGAGAGUUUGGACGAUUGGCCAGUCAAAGGAACCAUGGCCUACCAACAGUUCCAGAACAAAGAAGCCCUGAUGUCCUACCUCUUCGAAUACCGCCUGACCCUCGACAUCCACAACACCACAAUCUACGAAGUCAUCCACUUCUACACCGACGCAAUCCAGCUCUUCAUUGAUUGGCUCUACGAGAGCGUCGGGAAGUCCGGCGGUCAGGGUCUGUGGGAGACACUGGUGGCCUAUCAACUCUUGAUCGUGGGGAUGGAACAGACUGGUAUUGAGCGAACGUUGGGGGCGGUGUUCUACACGCAGGGUGGUUUCAAUCGGUUGACGGAUUAUCGCUGGUACAUGGAGAAGAUGCAGGUCGGUCAGUCGAAUAUUUGGGCAUCGCAGAAGUACUCUCAGCUCGUCCGAAUGAUACUCGAAGACUCGAUCGAGAACUCCGACCACGACUUCCACUUCCAGAACACGAUAACGGAGAUGCGAGCAAUUAUAUCCUACAACAACGCGACCAGAGAACCAUCAUGGCAAGAGGGACAAUGGUGGUUCGACAACAUGACCAUCUACAUUGAUAUCCUCAGGGAUAUCCAGAAGAACAUGGCAGAGGUAAUACUAAAUGAACUAAACUCGGCGGUGACCACCGACAACGCUGAUCUCGCCGUCAGCAUCAGUAUCAUGGUCCUGGUCGUUUUCCUCUGCGUCAUCAUCAUCAAGGCGGUUGAAUCACUCACCUCCAACAUGCAGAACUACGUUCUUACGCUGGCUGACCAAACCAAAGCGCUUCACAAAGAGCGGAAGCGGACGGAUACGUUGCUUUAUCAGAUGUUGCCUAUUUCGGUUGCCGAGAAUCUGAAGCGCAACCAGGUCGUCCACGCCGAAAACUUCGCAGCGGCCACGAUUCUGUUUUCGGAUAUAGUCGGGUUCACUCGGAUUUGCUCGGAAAGUUCUCCACUGCAGGUGGUGGAUAUGUUGAACAACGUUUACACAAACUUCGAUAGCAGGAUAGAUACCUACAAUGUGUACAAAGUCGAGACGAUCGGAGAUGCAUAUAUGGUGGUAUCAGGUGUUCCACAGCGUAACGGGAACAAACACGCGAGUGAGAUAGCUUUGAUGGCCCUGGACCUCCUGAACUGUAUCAAAGGUCUUGUGAUCCCACAUCGUCCUGGUACCAAGAUGACUCUAAGGAUUGGAAUACAUACUGGGCCAGUGGUAGCCGGUAUCGUCGGAUCCAAAAUGCCAAGGUACUGUCUUUUUGGUGAGACCGUCAAUAUCGCAUCAAAGAUGGAGUCGAAUGGAUUACCAAAUCGGAUUCAGAUUAGUGAUGAUUGUCAUCGUAUUCUGAAGAUCACGGGCGGAUACACUAUGGUUCGCCGAGGCGAGGUUCUUCUGACGGAUAAAGGAACGAUGACGACCUAUUGGUUGACAGGUCGAGUCGCGAUCGCGGGGGCCAUCGGAUCUUCUAGCUCCAGCGAAGAGAAUGUCCAGGACGACCCGCCCGAUGGUGACGCCAACAGUGACUGUGAUUUGACGCUGAACGUCCCCGAAGACCCUCCACCGCCCAUAGGCAUCAUUGACUACUAAGGGCGAUAUCGUUCAGGAC